AUGCCUAAAGGAGCCGAUCUUGCUGUCACGAGUCGUUGGGGUUUUCCAGCAAGUUCACUAGUUGCAAGGCUGGGUGGGUCUCGGGAUGGUCAAAAUCAAGAGUACAAGCCUGCCAGUGUGAGACACUUAGCCAAGUGGCGCUUUGAUUACCGUCCAAAAACUGAUCCUUACUGCCAAGCUCGUUACACUUUCUGUCCCACUGGCUCUGCCAUUCCAGUUAUGAAAGAAGAGGAUGUCAUUGAAGUGUAUCGAUUACAGGCUCCAGUAUGGGAGUUCAAAUAUGGGGACCUACUAGGACAUUUGAAAAUUAUGCAUGAUGCUGUGGGUUUCAAGAGCUCUCUAACGGGCAAAAACUACACAAUGGAGUGGUAUGAGCUCUUCCAGCUUGGGAACUGCACAUUUCCACAUCUCCGGCCUGGCAUGGACGCACCGUUCUGGUGUAACCAGGGAGCUGCCUGCUUUUAUGAAGGAAUAGAUGAUGCACACUGGAAGGAAAAUGGAACUUUAGUUCUCGUGACCACAAUAUCAGGAACCAUGUUUAAUGAAAUGGCAAAAUGGGUAAAAUAUGACAAUGAGACUGGCAUUUACUAUGAGACCUGGACAGUUCAAGCAAGUCCUGACAAACCAUCAAUAGUAUGGUUUGACUCUUACGAAUGCUCUAAAUUUAUACUGAGAAUGUACCAGAAGCUAGCUGACUUAGGAGCCGUAUUUAAGAAGAUACAAACAAACUAUACCAGCAUAAUUUUAUUCAGUGGAGAACCUAUUUAUUUGGGAAAUGAAACAUCUAUUUUUGGACCUCUAGGAAACAAGACAUUGGCAGCAGCUAUAAGAGACUUCUACUAUCCAUUCAAACCUCAUCGGACAGUUGGAGAGUUUUUUGUGGAUCUUUUAAAAAUAAUCGAUUGUGUCAUCUUGAAUCAUCAGUUUUACCUCUUCUACAACUUGGAAUACUGGUUUUUACCUAUGAAGUUCCCUUAUCUCAAAAUAAUUUAUGAAGAGGUCCCUUUACCUAUUGGAAACAAAACACCCUUUGGUGCAUAACUGUUUAGUGAAGAACCAAACUUGCCCUUAUGCCAGAAUAUCCUUAA